AUGUCUCGAGAAUCAUCUCCUGAGUAUGAAGAGUUUGAUGAAACUUAUAUAGAAACUCCACAGCGAGCACUGAAUAGUCCUAAAAAGAAUAAAUCCACGAAUUUUUUAUCGUUUCGAACCGUGAGAAGUAGUCCACUACGACAGCCACCAAUUGAAAGAAAACAUGGCAUUUCAUUAGAUGAAGAGAGCAUUAUACAGUCAAAUAAAUCAAACCCUAUUUCUGAUCUACCCGCUAUAUCUAAUGCACCCAGUUCGCCGCCAGCAAGUAUUAGAUUUAAUAAAACUAUGAAACAGACAAGAUCUUUUGAAGAUACACCUAAGAAGGAGUCAAAUACAACAGCGGACCUCAAUCAGCAGUUUUCUAGACAUUCUAAGGGUCUUAAUUUUAGUGAUUUUGGCUUUUCUAGGUCGAGUAAGUUUAGUACUUCCCAAUCUCGCAGGCCAAGCUUACGAGAACUUUCAGAAAAGAGCAUUGUACGUCCCCAAGUAUCGCGUGAUGUUGAUACGUACAGCCAUAGCGUUUUAGAAAAAGUGAAUUCAACGUUGGAAGAGCUUCACAAUUACGAUGGGAAAUGGGGACCCAAUUGUAUUGAAAAUGACGAAAAAAUUGAAUCAACAAAAACAGAUCCUGUGACUGUGACCAACAAAUACACUGGAAACAGUGACUUGAGAGGACACGAAGUUUUGGAUAAUUCUACUCCAAUUAAACCAAAUUCCAGAGAAGGCGCCGUUCAGUCCCAAACCAAAUCGGGUUUAUUGCAAUCAGCAUGGUGGUCAUCUGCUAAGUGGGGUAAAUUAAGAAAAAUCGUGAAACUGAAGCUGAUAAGUAGAGAGGAGGCAAUAAACAGCACAUUAUUGAUGAGCGAACUAGAAUGCACAAACAAGAUGGAGCUUCGCAAAAGAUACGACUUUUUGGCGAAAUAUAUAAAUAGAAACCCAAAGAGUAACACUACAAGGGGGAAAGGUAGAGUAUCCAAAACUCAUUAG